AUGACCGGCUCCAAUGGCCAGUCAUCACCGGUCAUCGACAAACGCGACUUUGACACCUACCGCCGGGCAUCCACCUCGAACGAAUCCGACGCGCAAGAAGACGAUGCGUUGCUCCACUCCCGGCCGGAUUCGAGACUAUCGAUGAGUAAUCGGAUAAUUGACAAUAAUGAUGGCCUUUUGACAAAUGUUGUUGAGGAAUUGGUGGAACGAGAUCGUCGGAAGAUGGCGAGAGAGGUUGUACGCAUUUUUAGUUUUGCGUGGGGAGUAGUUACUUGUCUCGGUGCCGGAAGUAUCACGGCGUUCUCAUUAUACGGCCCUCUACUUCUGACGCGGAUGCACUAUACACAGUUGCGGGUCAACGAAGUAUCCAUCGCAGCGGGAAUAUCCAUGUACCUCCCCGUAUCUCUUGCCGGCUACCUUUGCGAUCGAUACUCUCCAUCUCCCUUGACACUGUUCGCGGGCAUCACGUUCGGCUUCGGUUACCUUCUCGCCGCUUUCGCAUACAAGAGCGGUCCCCCUCCAGACGCUGGCGGCGACGGUUGGCCGUUUUGGGUGAUGGUUGUGGCCUUUAUUGCCAUUGGAGUAGCAACCUGCAGCAUGUACCUGGCAGCGGUGACGACAUGUGCUAAAAACUUUGGCCGCGGUAAGCACAAGGGGAUUAUACUCGCGGUGCCCAUCGCAGCGUUCGGUCUCAGUGGGAUGUGGCAGAGCCAGGUGGGUACCUAUCUGCUCUGCGAGCGGCUUGAGGACGGCAGUUGCGGUGAUGUCGACGUCUACAAGUACUUUAUGUUCCUCGCUAUCCUUCUUGUGACCAUCGGUGUUAUUGGCACUUUCGCGCUGAGAAUUGUGGAUGAUGAAGAGGACAAGUACAUCGACGAGGCGGUUGAGGAGCUUGAAAGGAGUGGUCUGUUGGCGGAAAGUGAAUUCUUCCAGCCGCGCAGCGAAGUGGCUGCUGCAUAUGGCACUUUUGCCCGCCACGAAGAUGAUGAUGGGUCGGACGGUCAAUCGGUUACACUAUCCGAAGAGCAGCGGGAAGCGGCGCGACGUGAGAAGGAGAGAGAAGAAGAGGAGCGCCGGAAGAAGAAUUGGUUGCUCAACUACGAAACGAAGAAGUUCCUCGCGGACCAUACGAUGUGGUGGCUUGCUGUUGGCUUCUUCCUCGUCACUGGGCCGGGCGAGGCGUAUCUGAACAACCUCGGAACAAUCGUCCAAACCCUCAACUCGGACUCCGCCGCCAUAAUCGACGCACAUCCCGCUGGUCUCCCCUCCACACACGUCACAACGAUAGCUCUAACCUCCACAAUCGCCCGCCUCCUAACAGGCUCCCUCUCCGACCUCUUCGCUCCUCGCGCCGCAGACUACCACUUCCUCACCGACCACGAAACCGCAACCCCAAUCGCCAACACAUCCAAACCCCGCCUAACCCUCUCCCGCCUCGCCUUCCUCAUCCCCUCCGCCCUCCUCCUCUCCCUCGGCUUCCUCCUCCUCGCCUCCCCGCUCCCAACCCAACACCCCGAACUCUCCCACGUCACCACGGCGCUCGUCGGCCUCGGCUACGGUAGCGCAUUCUCCCUCACCCCCAUCAUCAUUUCAGUCGUCUGGGGCGUCGAGAACUUCGGCACGAAUUGGGGGAUCGUCGCUAUGUUUCCCGCCGUUGGGGCCGCGAUGUGGGGGCUUAUCUAUUCGCGCGGAUACCAGGACGCUACUAACGGCGGCCCCGGCGGCGGCGAUGGCCAGUGCCAUGGCUGGCGCUGCUUUGGGUUCUGGGCUAUGGGGUGCACAGCUAGUGUGUGGGUUGCUGUUGGGGUUUGGUCUGUUGCCUGGAGGUCCUGGAGGAAGAGGGGGGUUGUUGUUUGA